ACGUUAUUUAGUCAGUCCGCGCUGCUUUUCAAUUGUUAACCAUGAGCUAGACAUACGUUUUUGACCGUUGCGUCACGCAGGUGAGCUGCGACGUGGUGUCAAGCUAAAAGAACAUCAUGUUCCAUCCAUUUAUUUAAGCAAUAAGGCAUGAGAGGGCGUGCUAUAUUGGGAAUAUAGUCACGGCUGAAGGGCAUUGUUAGGCAACAAGAAUAACUGUCAGCUAUGGUUGCUGCAGAGUGAUACAAAUAGAAGUUCCGUGAAGAGGUCAGAGCUGUGCUUUAUCAUGAAUAAAGCACAGCUGUUAACCAAUCAGCAUCCAGGAUCGGAACUAUCUGUUCUAAAAUUAAGUAAUAAUGCAACAGUGCCUGCCCACUUUUUCAGCCAUCUGGGUUCAUAAAAUCCUUCAUAAAGUUGUAAGCCAUGAACCAAACCAACCAGCUCCGAGGUGAAUCACAACAUCACAAACUUUGUUUUGGGGUAAAAAGAUAUUUGAAAAUCUGACAAAGGUACAAGGUGCUUACGUCUUUCAUGAGGGCAAGGAUUACAAUCCUAUGAAGGGUUGUGAAUGAUGUCAUUGAAUAAAAAAAUGAUGGGAAUAUAUAAAACGAUUGAAUUUAGGUUGUUUAUUAUAAGUAUAGAAACAAUAUAUUUUGUUUAUUGCAAAAUAUUUCGAUAUGUACAAAUAUAUAAGUAGUUUAAGGGUGAAGGGAGUUGAAAGUUGAAAUAACGCAGACGGAUAUCUUCGACAGAAGCAUACCAUCGCUGAACAACCUCGUAACCCAUGGACUGGUAUCAGAAAGAGCAGAAAUUAAAGGAGACUGUAGAUGGGUUGCAGGCUCAGGUGCUUCAACUCAAGGAAGUGAACCAGGAGCUUCUGGACCGCCUGCAAUGCACACACUCCAAAGAAGAUCGCACACAGCGUCAGGAAAGAGAGGUGAUGCUCAAGUUGAAGGAAGUGGUGGAUAAGCAGCGCGAUGAGUUGCGAGCGAAAGUUCAGGAGAUUUCUACCAUGUCCAAAGAAGUUGAAGCGCUCCAAGAGCAGCAAGACCGGCUGAUGAAAAUAAAUACAGAGCUCAGGCACAAGCAGAACAUCUUACAGACUCAGCUGAAAAGCGCAGUGGAAAGGAGGGCUGACCUGGAGGCUGACCUGUGUGAGAAACAGAAGGAGAUAGCGUGCCUGACCUCACAGCUGGAGAAAGCCAACAUGCACACUUCUGCUAACAUGACUAGUUCAGCCAUUGACCUCACAGAUAAGAUGAUCAUUGACUUGAAGGAUCCAAAUCGGCCGUGUUUUACCAAGCAGGAAGUACGGGAUAUGAUUUUUGAGAGGAAUGAGUUGAAGGCCAAUCUGUUUCUGGUGAAAGAGGAGCUUGCCUAUUACCAAAGGGAAAUCCUGAAUGACGAGAGAUGCCCAGGUUUCUUACUCGAUGCUGUACGCUCGGCAAUAAAGAAACAGAGGACCGUCAUCAAGUCUAAAAUGCUUGGCAUACCUGUUAGCGAAUGUAGCACAGAUGAGACCGAUGGUCCACUGUUUGAAAGGAAUGUAAAUGAAGACAAUGACACUGACAGCACUGACAACAGGCCCCAAGAGUCCCGCAUCAGAAACCUAUUUGGCUUUCUGACGCUCUCCAGUAUUACUAAGAGCUCUGGUUCCCAGGCCUCUGGCUUUCCCGCAUCCAGCUCCACAUGGGAAAUCAUCAGUCCAGAAGAGAAGACACAAACCCUCCACUCCUCAUGAGAACCAGCCCACCUAUCACUCAUUCUCACUCACCAGAGGCUGCUUGUCUUUGUUGGAGACAGCAUCAAAAAUGAACUUUUUAUUAUGGGGAAACAUUUGCCCCCUAGAGUUGAUUUUCAGGGGCGUUUUUACCAAAUGACCAUGGUCAUUUUUGCUGUGAGUCCUGAUUCAUUUUUUGACCCUGGUUGGAAAAAAAGAAUGGAGAUUUUAAAAUAUGUUCUGGAUCUUACAUUUAGACCUAAUUUAGACCUGGUAUUAAGAUGCGUCUCGGGUGAUCCGAUCACGUGGUCAGGCGAGACACAUCGCUAUUUACACCUGGUCGCAUAAAUGCGUCUCCAGUGACCGCUUGUGUUCGGAUUCGAAGGGGGAGGGACUCUGAUUUCAUGACGACAUCAAUCACUAUGCCGGUGUGUAACUGCAUGAUAAUAAAUCCCAGAUGCAUCUGAAAUUUAAUCUAAGCACAAAUGCAACAUUUCAAGUGGAAUUAUACAUUAUUUUAGACGAUUUCCUGUAUUAACCUGAUCUUCAAAUGUGUGCUUGUCAUCUGUGUCACUGCAUGUUGAUAUCAGACACACUGAAGAAGAUCCGUAAAGUUCUUGUGAUUGUGUAUGUAUCCGCUUUUUACAUUUUUCUGAUCAGACGAUUAUUUCCUUUUAAAGCCACUUGUAACCAGCAAAGUUUAAACUCUUGUUUUAGCUCAGCGGUUGAUUGACAGGUGAGGGGUGGCACUUCGCUGCUGUCCGGGUUGCAUUCUGGACAGAUUAGCGUUUACACCACAAAUGCAAUGUGGUCACAUGUGUUUUUGACAAGCUUUGUAUGUGGUUUUUGUGAUCCAAUCACAAAACGUUUUCGACCCCGUUUAGACCUGUAUUUAGCGCUGACCACUUGUGAGCCGAUCACCCGAAAUGCAUCUUAAUAUACCAGGUGUAUCAGGUGUAAAUGGGUCUUAGGUUUUAAACUAGGGAAUGGGCUGAAGAAUGUAUUGAGAGAAUUUCAUUUCUUAGUGUAAUGGGUUUUACAAACACAGUGUUGUAAUGGUUGUUUCCUGUGCAGUCAUUUUUACACACUUAAAAAAUCAAUUAGCACUAGGCUUUUUUGAGUUAAUAUUGGACUGUCAGUCACAUAGUACAUGUUACUUUUUAUAUAUGGUGAAGUGUGGAUUUUUUGUGUUAAAUAUUUUCUACUAUACCAGUUUAAUGUGCAGAGUCAACAAUAAGUAAGCCUUUUGUAUGUUGCCUGCCCCAAAGAGUGGCUUUUGUUUGCGUUCAAAACAUUGCUCUGUUUUUUUGAGCAGUCCUAACAACUUCUGGUUAUCCAAUGGUGUGCAUUUGGGACGGGACUAUCUGUAAUAAGCUGUUUAGUGGGGAAUUGACUAGUUUUCUAAAUAACGGAAGACGGGGAAAGGUGGUAGGAUUGUUUGAGAAACCUGUCUGGAAACUAUCCUUAUUUUUGCUAUUUUGAUUCGUGCAACCAGUGGCAUUGAAAUGACACUUCACCUUGAAAGACUGCACACUGUUAGAACUUAAAAACAUUGGUGUGAUCUACGGUGUUUUGAUAAUCGUAAUGCACCUGGCAGUAGUACAUUAUAGACCACAAAUGUCUAGGUACACUUGUUUAUAAUUUGCUCUUAAGCUACAGAGAAUUUAAGCUGUUAUUUUUUUAUAGAGAGUAUAUUUAAUAUGGAUUUUAACCAAAGAUACUGAUAUGCGUUUCCGUCAUAAAAGCGAUAAUCACAGUGACCCUUUUAUGUCACAAGGGGGCAUUGGAGUAUUUUGUAUUAGUAUUCCUCCAAUACUUUUUUCUUAUAAAACAGCUGUCCCUACUUCGACAUUGUAUUUUUUUUAACAUUUUUUAUUGAGCAUGCCCAUGUGUAUAAUUCUGAUUUUAACUAUUUAGUUGGUCACUAAAUUAUUUGUAUCAAACAUUUGAAUAUAUUAAUCAAUGUCAGCGCUGCGGAGUGCUGUUUCCACUUGUUCAUGCAAACUCAUGUUGACAUGAUUUUAAAAAGUAAUAAAUACUUUGGAAAAAGAAUGUAAUGCUUUAAGAGUAAAUUAAGUGUUUAUCAUCUGCUCUAUCUGUUUAAUGAGCCAGCACUUUGCCCCCCUCAGCCAUUUGUCUGGUUGUCAGCUGUGGUGCCAGUGCACUUACUGUAACUGUAAACUAAGUAUUCUGAUUUGAGUUGUCCAGAGAGAUGGAUUUACUGUGUCUUUAUGCUUUAGGUCCACUUGGAGUACAUGUAUGAGUCUUUAGGUGUUCCCUGAUAGAAAGGAAGUCUGUGUUUCCUCCAGAGGAAAUUAGUGAUAAUGGGUGCCCGUAUGUUUUUAAGUCAGUGAAAAGUAAUUCCAUACUUCUUAUCUGUCUGUGACUCAUCCAUAAUAUUAAUCUUUGGACCUUUGCAACCUGCCCUGUAUAGCUGAAUUGAAAGUGAAUGACUGUCAUAUUGAA